CCUCGGAUCUCCCUGUUUCUCCUGAUAUUCUCCCUCGAUCAAUGGCCCAGCAGCCAAGAAUCGUCCUGCUCCUCCGCGGCAUCAACGUCGGCGGCCACAACAUGAUCAAGAUGGACGUCCUGCGCAGAGAGCUCGAGGGCAUCGGCUGCCUUGGUGUCCAGACCUUUCUGCAGACCGGCAACAUCCUGCUCGAUGCCGGCGCGCUCGUCCCCAGCGGUGAUCUCUCCGAGACGGCCAUCCGCGAGCACAUCCAAGUAAAGUUCCACACCAAAGGCCCGCCCAUCGAGACCUUCUACCGGACCCAGCAGCAGUGGAUAGCGAUCGUCGAUGCCAAUCCGUUCCCCAAGGAGGCUGCCCGCGAGCCUAGCAAGUUCUUUGUCGCCUUUCUGCAGUCGCCCGUGCCUGCCGCCGACGUUGCCGCCCUCCAGCAAGCCUUUCCGGAUAAGCGGGAUGGACUCUUCUCUGUCCAAGGCACCGAGGUCUAUCUGUAUCUUCCGCAGGGCCUGUGGCGCUCCAAGUUGAAGAGCACCUCGCUCGAGCGCAUCCUGAACCAGUACAACACCUGCCGCAACUGGAACACCGUCACCAGGAUCGCCUCGCUCCUCUCGACCAAUCCCGACGACAAGGACGAGGAGGACUCGUCGCCAUCUGCAUCCGAUGAUCGUGAUCUUUCCGCCCAAGAUGUGGAUGCCUCUCCCGAUAUCGAAGAUCCGAGCAGCAAGACCACCGAUCCCGUCCGCCGAGGUCGAUCCGCCUCAAGGCGCAAGACCAGCGCCUCCGGCUCGGGUUCUGCAGGCAGCCCAGCCGAUGCAAAGCCCACCAGAUCCACCAGAUCCACCAAGCGCAAAACGACACCCGCAGUGGCCUCUCCAGACGAUCCUCCGCCCCGUCCCAAGCGUACCCGGGCACGCUAGACGACCCAUGUCAUCGAUGGAGCGUGUGGAUGCCAGUGUAUGGUGCAGGGAGAUGACAAAGGCUGAGCGGCCGACAAUGCUGUCGCAAGGUGCAUCGCCUUUCUGCAGCAAGGUCUCAAUCGUCCGACUCUUCUCCGCUUGAUGCGGCGCUGUAGAACAUACAUCCGAACGGGUCAAUACGAUAGAUACCCCGCACUCCCCGGCUCGCUUUGCGGAGGCGCUCGCUCGUGAACAGCUCUGUGACUCGAAAAAAAAAAAACGAAUACACAGCAAGCAGGAACAUACCGUCCAGCGU